GGUGACGGCGGCGGUGCGCGUUUUGAAACCCUCGGAGGGCGAGAAGCGGGGCCCAAAGGGCGCUGGGGCGUCGGAGCCGCGCACCAGGUCAAUCCAAUAUCUUCACCACGUUGGGCUCUGUUCCAUCCCUCAGCUUUAUACACCAAGGGCUGAUCCUAGAUUACUUUGUCAUUGGUAAACAGUUAAAAGCACCUGCCUACCAGCCACAUGAACUGGGACACACAGCUCAACUCCAUACUGACUGCAACAGACAGCAACGUGGCUAAAAUAAAGCAGCGUCUGAACACAACCAGCAUCUCUUCCAAAGUGGAUUUGCUGCUUGACAGAAUAAACACUGAGAAGGUUGCAUUUGAUGAGUCUUUGGCUGGAUUUUGGCAACCGGGUCCUACCUGCCUAAGUCUUCCACACUGCAGGAUGGCAACAGAGGAGCUUGCAGCAAUCAGCAGUCAGCUGCGUUCGCAAGCUAAGGUCAUUGAGUCCCUCACCCAGUCAGUAAAUCGACUGAAGCAGGAGAAGGAGCGCCAGCAGCAGCAGAUCCAUAACCUGGAAGAGGAGGUUGGUCGAUUGCAUAACAGCCCUCAGAGUGGCUUGGAGUCCCUGCUGGGGCGGAGAAUGGAAGGGCUGAAGAGCGAGCUUCGUAACUUGCGACAGCAAGUGUUUCACCAGCCAGAUGGAGAUUGCACCCCGGAUGUGUAUCCGAGCUCCAGCGUCAUGCAGGAGGUGCAUGAGAGCAAAAAGCUCCUGUGGCGAGAAUACGAGUGUGUGAGGAGAGAGGUGGAGCAACUGAAGCACAAGCUCAACCGACAGGAGGAGGACCUAGUCAAUCAGAUGUCUGAAACUGAUGAAAUGAAGAGAACUCAAAGUCGAUACUGCAAGAUGCUGGAAGAUUUGAUGAACAGUCACAAAACUCAAUCUGAUGACUUGGACAAAGCCAGGUUGGAGACACGGAGCACCCAGCAGGAGCUCGGCCACAUCAAAUCCACCGUCACUGACCUGAAAGACCAAAUGAAAAAUCUGCCCUUGGAAGAGAAGUCAUACACUAAGCCCGUAGGAAAGGAAAGUGCUCAUGGGAUGGAAAGCAAUGAUUUGCUGAGAGAAGAGGAGUUAUUUUUUUCCUCCCUGAGUGAUGAUUCUGCCUCUGAGCUCAGUCUCACAGAUGUCAGCUCGGAUGAGCUCUCUAGUGCCACAGAGAUUAAGGAGUCUGAAGGAUCCAAAGACCUCUCCACCCCAAGCCUGGAGCAGGAGGACAGCACCCCCAAGGAGGAGGCUGGAAGCAUGUCGGAUGAGGACCUCAGCAGUGACCUGUUUGACAGUCUGCCUGAACUUAAUCUGAGUGAUCUUUAAUGCUUAGCCAAAGAAAGCCCCCUUCUGUCAAAUAAGAAAAAUUAAAGAUGGAAAAGGAAUUGGCGUCUCAAAAUGGACAGGCUCCUCUCCUGAACUGUCAGCCACUUGGGCGGCUGGGGUGGAGGGGUGUUGCAGUGGCCCAAAGAGAUCCCUUUGUGGGGAGACGGGCUCUGCACAGCCUGGUAUCGGGCAAUCCGCACCUCCACUGACUUUGACUUUCAAGUACUCUCCAGAAGAAACCGAUUGGGCUGUGUAUUCCUGAGCUUCAGGUUGUAAGAUUUGUUCUAACUGCUGGGCACGUAUAUGGAGACCUGUUCUGCCCUCUCUGCCUGGGUGGGGAACAGAGCCCUAGUAGAUGAUCCAUAAAUUUACUCAGAUAAGGGCCAAGAAGCCUCUAAGUGGCAGCUGAGUUUGCCAGGGGCUGGUAAAUCCCUUCCCAUGCAGGUAAUUGAAGUGGUUUAAAAAGCUCCAUUCUUGGAACAGUGUUUUCAUGUCAAUCAUAAAGGGAAAAUUGCUUUAAUACAGGAGAAGACAGCUGAAAUGGAGAGAGGCUGUGGCCUGAAAUCCUGCUGUUCCCAUUCUUCAGGCCUUGCACAUCUGGGGUGUUUUAAAUAAAGUUUUCCUAAGUAACUACUCUGAUUUUACAGGAGUUACUUUAUAGCAGGGCGUGGGGGAGGACAAGGGGAAGGAAGAGGCUGUGUUGGGUGAGAGUCAAGGGCGAGGAGCGGAGAGUGGAUGUGCUUGACAUUCCAGGUCCAGCGUUAGCCAGCGAGAGGAGGAAUCUAAUGGGCUGUGAAACAGGAGGGACGCAGAAAUGCCACUAACCUUUCCCUGCCUCCUAUCCUUCCCCGAGAUGCCAGUGUUGCUCAUCCUGAAAAGUGGGUAGGAAAGCGAGGUGGCGCUGAUUUGGGGGGUUACACUCUUUAGUGUAAUGUGGCAGAGCUCAGUGUUGGAACAGGCAGCGGAGGGAAUAAAUAGCCUGUUAAUGAAAUUCAUUGUUGGUGCUAAACUGGGAGCAGCAGGUGAGUCAUCGAGGACGAACAGAGCAGAGACACAGGCAGAAAGUGCUCCAGUGCCAUUUAGUUUGUAUACGUGGGGAAGCAUAAUGACAAUUCCUACCCUGGAAGGGACAGGAAAGCUGGGCAGCGGUGACCCUGCUAGAGACCUGCUGUGGUGAGAGUGGAGGCCAUGUUUAGCAUGAUCUCGCAACGGGGGAUGGCUGCCAGAAAGGCUGGUGCAGGGUGAAGAAUGCUCCCUCUCUCAAUGACUGUGGUCUGACCCCUGCCGCCAUACUGGCGUCAGUGCCUGGCAUCUCCUUGCCAGAACUUUAUUCCCACCCUGGUCGGAGGCCAGAGAGGAGCAAGAGGAAUGAAAGGGGGCUGCGGGGACUGACGGAGGAGCAGAGGUUAGCUCUGCUAAUGAGGCAGGGCUUGGCCGAGUGACGAUGGGUGGGAGGUGGAAAGGCAGGAAUUAUCUCAGGCGCUAAUACAGUGUGCCUCUCACGGUGGUAGCUACAGCCACUUUAGAGAUUAGGCUGACAGCAGUCACCUUCUAAACGGGGAGUGGCUGCUUCCCAACUGCCCAGCACCCAGCUCCGCUUCCUUGGGGAGGACUGCAGGGAGUGAAUGGCGGCCACUAGCUUCUGGUUGGGAUACCAGAGCCUGCCUGGAUGGAGGGGAGACUCUGCUGGAGCCGAGUAGGGACUUGGUGCUUUCUCAUGGCCCUUGAUUCCAGACACUAAAACCGGACAAGACCCAACGGAAUGAUGAUGCGUUGCCCAGCACCUGGGCUGGAUGGUCUCCGAGCUGGCCUACAACGAGGCUGCCUGAAAAAUGAAUAAGGUGAUUUUCCCUGAAAGCUCCGCACAGUCCCUUUUGGAAGAUGCCCGAUUCCCCGUCCCUUCCACCACACGCAUAUGCCACCUGCCCACAGGCAGGUAAUCUUACAUGCUGCAUUCAAUGCAAUAAACUGCAUAGCCUCCUCUCUG